AUGGCCAAUCAAAAAGACGAGAACACUCUUACUCCUCCCGACCCUGAAGUCGCCAGCCCCGCUACGCCCCAAUCUCGGCCUUCCAAGUCUGACUCUGAGGGCACCGAGACGGGACAGGAGAUGGAUGAGUUUGUGCUUGGUCGACGGGGUAUCAUGGCGUUCUUCACGCUGUCUGUGUUAACGCUCAUGGUUGCCCUCGAUGGGACGAGUAUCUCAGUCGCGUUACCUAUCAUUACGCAGGAUUUGAAAGGGACGGCAAUAGAAGCUUUCUGGAGUGGGACGUCAUUCCUGCUCGCUUCCACAGUCUUUCAACCGAACUUUGCCUCUCUCUCCAGCAUUUUCGGCCGGCGCCCUCUUGUCCUUGUGGCGUUAACGCUCUUCUUUGUGGGAACGGUCGUGUGUUCUGUUGCCAAUAAUUUUACUCAUAUGCUUGUCGGGCGAUCUAUUCAGGGUGUUGGCGGUGGUGGCUUGAUUGCCCUGAGCGAGGUCAUCGUGACUGAUCUUGUUCCUCUCAGGCUACGAGGCCAGUACUUUGGUAUCUUGUCAGCCAUGUGGAGUGUGGGCUCGGUGACUGGGCCGAUACUGGGCGGCGGGUUCAGUCAGGAUGUCACUUGGCGCUGGAUCUUCUACAUUAACUUCCCUUUCAUCGGUGUCGGUCUGGUGGCGAUUAUCCUCUUUUUAAAGCUCAACAUUAUCCCCACCUCUCUCGCUGAAAAACUCCGGCAGAUCGACUAUGUCGGAACGAUAAUCUUCGUCGGCAGCAUGUCGUCCUUCCUCAUCCCGCUGUCCUGGGGUGGAAUCCUUUACGACUGGGACUCUUGGCGCACCUUGGUGCCACUAAUCAUCGGCGUCGUUGGUUUGCUGGUAUUCAGUUUCUAUGAAUACCGCUUCGCAAAGGACCCGAUCAUUCCACCUAAGAUCUUCCAAAACCGCACAGCAGCAGUCUCAUUUGCCGGCUCGUUCCUCCAAGGUCUCGUUCUCUGGUGUCUGCUCUAUUACCAGCCGCUCUAUUACGAGGCAGUGAAGGGGUACUCCCCCAUCAUGGCGGGUGUCGCUCUGUUCCCGGCGACGUUCACCGUUGCGCCCAGCGCGGGCCUGGUCGGGGUCCUAGUAACGAAAUACGGUCACUACCGCUGGGCAGUCUGGCUUGGCUGGGUUCUGUCAACAUUCGGCCUCGGUCUCCUUUGCUAUAUGGAUGUUGACACUUCCAUCCCAGCUUUCAUCUUCAUCAAUAUCGUCCCCGGCAUCGGUCUGGGCCUUCUCUUCCCCUCCAUCGGUUUCGCAAUCCAAGCCUCCGCCACGAAUGACACGCUCGCCAUCGCAGUCGGCAUGUUCAGCUUCUUCCGCGCAAUGGGCCAAGCCGUCGGUGUCGCCAUUGGCGGUGUGGUCUUCCAGAACCAAAUGUACUCUAACCUUGUUGAGUCUGGGAUUCCAGCCCUUGCGUCCAUGGCCUCGGAGUACUCGCAAGAUGCCGCUGGACUGGUGGAAGUCAUCAAGCGCAUGCCGGACGGGACGGAGAAAUUAGGUCUCCGGACAGCGUACACAGACUCUCUAAGGAUUGUGUAUGCGGUUUGUUGUGGCAUUUGUGGGAUUGCGCUGGCGCUUAGUGUGUUGACGCAGAGUUAUGAUUUGAACCGUGCGUUGGAAACGACGCAGGGACUCAGGAAGGAGAAAAACCCAAGGCCGAAUGGGGAUCUUGAGAAGGUUGGAAAAUAG